CACAAGUUUAUGACGAUAUUCACAAAUAUAAAGGAGUUAAUAUUCGUACCUUAUUUUUCAGUAAGUAGAUUCGUUUUAUCAAAAUGGGAACUCAAAGCGUGGCAACUGUACUUGGGCCAGUAAAUGUCUCGUUACUUGGAAGGACUUUGACUCACGAACAUUUGGCUAUCGAUUUCGAACCGUUUUAUGUUGCACCUCCUGUCCAACUUCAAAAUUUUUUCGAUGCGAAUAUUAAUAUUCAAAAUGUUGGUUUCAUCAAACAGUACCCCUAUAGUAGUUCAACUAAUUUGCAACUGAAUAGUGAUUCUGAAGAAGCCGUUUUACAGGAUGUGAAGCUUUUUAAGGAACAUGGUGGUGGAACUAUUGUGGAAAAUACUAGUCAUGGGAUAAAACGAAACAUUCCAUUUAUGAAACGGGUCAGUCGUGAAUCUGGAGUUCACAUAAUUGCAGGAACAGGUCAUUAUGUAGCUUUGACACAAAGUGCACAAUCUCUCUCGAAUAGUGAAGAACGCAUGUUCGACCUUAUCAUAAAAGAGAUGACGGAGGGUUGCGAGGAAAGCAUGGAUGUGAAAGCAGGAUUUAUUGGCGAAGUUGGAAGUGCUUGGCCUAUUGAAGACUUUGAAAAAAGAGCAAUUCGGGCAGCUGCAGCAGCUCAAGAGAGACUUAAAUGUCCAAUCAGUUUCCAUCCUGGAAGGAAUCCUUCUGCACCUUUUGAGAUAAUGAGAAUUUUUACCGAAGCUGGUGGAGAUCCUAAGAAAGCUAUCAUGUCUCAUCUUGACCGUACUCUGCUAAAAAAGGAAGACCUUCUAGAAUUUUCGAAACUCGGUUGCUACUGUCAGUUUGAUCUUUUUGGCACUGAGUGUUCGUAUUAUCAGUUUUCUCCAAUGACAGACAUGCCAUCGGAUGCUCAACGGCUCGACAAAAUCAAAUUUCUUUGUGAAGAUGGAAAAUUGGAUAAAGUACUAAUGAGUCAUGAUAUCCAUACGAAACAUAGACUGAUCAAUUUUGGAGGACAUGGAUAUGGUCACAUUAUAAACAACGUGUUUCCAAAGAUGUUAAUUAAGGGAUUCACGCAAGAGGAAAUCGAUACUAUCACGAUAACGAAUCCAAAGACCUGGCUUUCUUAUUAAUUGUGACUUAUAGAUAUGGAAUUUAUAACUAUAUACUCUAUAAACAAAAAAUACAAAUCGAAUCACAAAAAAUACAAAUAUUUUAAUUUUCUACUGACUGUUUACAC